AUGGCUAACACAAUCCCUGGAGUAGCUGUAGGGCUUUCCCGCUCGACUCCGAAGCUUUCUCAGAGACCCAAUUCACGAUUUUCGCAAUCGUCUCGGCGUUUUUGCACUGUCAAAAUGGCCGUCUCUCUCGACGAGAAGAAGAGUUUCACUCUCGAGAAAUCUGAGCAGGCUUUCAAAGCCGCCAAGGAGUUGAUGCCUGGAGGUGUGAAUUCCCCCGUACGUGCCUUUAAGUCUGUUGGCGGACAACCUAUUGUGAUUGAUUCUGUCAAGGGCUCUCACAUGUGGGACAUAGAUGGCAAUGAGUAUAUUGAUUAUGUGGGUUCCUGGGGACCUGCGAUAAUCGGUCACGCGGAUGACAAGGUACUUGCAGCUCUGGCUGAAACGAUGAAGAAAGGAACAAGCUUUGGUGCACCUUGUCUUCUAGAGAAUGUUCUUGCAGAAAUGGUGAUCUCCGCUGUUCCAAGCAUAGAAAUGGUCCGAUUUGUCAACUCAGGCACAGAAGCAUGCAUGGGUGUGCUCCGCCUGGCUCGUGCAUACACUAGCCGACCAAAGAUCAUUAAGUUUGAGGGCUGUUACCAUGGCCAUGCCGAUCCAUUCCUUGUCAAGGCUGGUAGUGGAGUGGCCACAUUAGGACUUCCAGACUCACCAGGUGUUCCUAAAGCAGCCACUAUUGAUACUCUAACGGCCCCCUACAAUGACUUGUCAGCAGUGGAAGCGCUUUUUGAAAGUCACAAAGGAGAAAUAGCUGGAAUCAUCCUUGAACCUGUUGUUGGGAACUCUGGCUUCAUUGUUCCUAAAUCUGAUUUCCUUAAUGGCAUACGCAAACUCACCAAAGAACAUGGCGCUCUCCUCAUUUUUGAUGAAGUGAUGACUGGAUUCCGUUUGUCUUAUGGCGGAGCACAGGAGUAUUUUGGCAUUACUCCUGAUUUAACAACACUUGGAAAGAUCAUUGGUGGUGGCCUGCCAGUUGGUGCAUAUGGUGGAAGGAGGGAGAUUAUGGAAAUUGUGGCACCAGCAGGACCAAUGUACCAGGCUGGGACCUUGAGUGGAAAUCCAUUAGCAAUGACUGCUGGGAUUCAUACCCUUAAGAGGUUGAAGGAGCCAGGAAGUUACGAAUACCUGAAUAAGAUCACAAGUGAACUCAUUCAAGGUAUAAUAGAUUCUGGGAAGAGGGCUGGGCAUGCAAUAUGUGGUGGGUAUAUAAGUGGGAUGUUUGGUUUUUUCUUCACUGAAGGGCCUGUCUACAACUUUGAUGACGCAAAAAAGAGUGACACCGCAAAGUUUGCAAAGUUUUACAGGGGACUACUGGAGGAAGGCGUAUACCUUGCUCCUUCCCAGUUUGAGGCUGGGUUUACAAGCUUGGCUCAUACUCAUGAAGACAUUCAAAAUACGAUAGCCGCUGCAGAUAGAGUUUUUAGGCAGAUUUAG